AUGACUCAUACCCAGCUACAUGUACAGCUUGUGGCUGCGUCAAACUCCAGUAAGAAUGCUCCGUUACUAGCCGUUGCCAUGGUAACCAGGAAGGUGGUGAACAAACAAGGAGAGCCUAUGAAUAAUCUGACCAACCCUGCGAAUGCGGAUCUGGUACUGUUGGACUUACUGUACGCAUACAAG